UUCCGCGUCGUUCCUUUUCCUCAAAACACUUCCUGUCCUUGAUAUGAUCUCUGCAGGAACCUGAAUUCUGUCACGUGUACAGAAUGAAAACAGCUUUGAUAUCAAAACAAAAUUAAAACAGACAAAAAUAAAAUUUGCAUCGGCGGGAAAUCUGAAGCGAUGGCAAGGAGGGUUUUAUAUCCUCUCUAUCAGAUUGGGAACCCCCAGUUAAGGGUGUUUCGUCCCAACUUCUUCCUGACCCUCGUGAGACCAGGAAAAGAGCUGCCUCCUGACACUGUACAGUUUCGGAUCCCCAUUGAGAUGACAAAAUGUGAUGUGAAGAACUACCUGGAGAAGAUCUACAACGUGCCAGUGGGCGCAGUGCGGACGAGGAUCCAGUAUGGUACGAACAAGAAGAGGAACCACCUGAACCAGCGCGUGAAGACGCCGGACUACAAAGUGGCAUACGUCCAGCUGACCUUUCUCCUCCUGGGCCUCCUUGGAAACGGUGGAUUUUGGCUGAGAGGCAAGGAUCUCUGCCCCGUCAGGGGUCGGGAAGUUGGCUGUAGAGCUUCUCGCUAAGAUGGCCGUGCAUUAGACAGGUGUUAGACUUGUAGGUUUUAGAUGUUGAAGUUUCCUGUGUUGAUGUGUCUUCGUGGAAGUACACGCCUGUAUGUGUAGCGCUUGCCACCAUCCCCAUCAUUUUUGGCUACCUAAGUCAUUUCCAAAGACAAAAUCAUAAUGUGAAAAAAUAAAUUGUAUUGAGAUUGGUAACAAAGGCUUUUUUGACAUCAAGCUACAGUGACAUCUAGUGGCUGGAGGACAGAAAUGCAUGUUUUUUAAAAGAUGGGUUUCUGAACAGAGGUUUCAGUAUCUCAGUCAGUGACAGAUAUCGACAGUUGUCUUUUCAGGCCGACUCAGAAUCAGACGUUAGUCCUGAUUCAGAGUUGUACUCAUUUCAGUAAGCAGCGGGGGGAAACGGCAAAUGGAGCUGUGUAAGGCAUUUCCUUACGGGUGUAGUUUCAGAAAGACUUGCAUCCUGUCCUGCUUUCCCUACUCAUGCUGCCAUCCCCACUCUGGGAUGCUGUGCAGAUAAAGCUAUAGGCUUCCUUUGUAACCAACGCUAGAUGGCAUCGUUCUGCUACUCUGGCUGCACUUGCUGCUUCACGUGAAUUUCUGGAUAUGAGGUUCUGGCUCGUUCCUCUGACUCUCCUUCCCGGGGAGGGAGAAUCCCCCCCCCCCUCCCUCCCCCAAACCAAAGACCUAAGACCACAGGCCAAAGGUGUGUUUCAUGCUGCCAGGUAUGGUGCGCACUGACUGAAUAGGCCUGUGCCAAAGUACUGUGAGGACUUUUCAGUUUUAUUUUACUAGUAUUAUUAUUAUUAUGUUGAACAUAUUUUAAUAAAAGAUUGUUUUUCACCAUCCUGUUGUGUCAUUAAACACCUCUAAUGAGA